AUGUCGUCACAGGUCCCAUCAUCUCUGGAAAAAUCUGCUAUUUAUCAGAGAGUGAAUAAGAGUGAAAAAGGAUGCCACAGUCAGGAUAAAGAAAAGGACUGCCGCCCAACCGCAAAACAGAGUGGCCCAGGGACCCCUGCUCCCCGUUCUCCCCGCCAUCCACCUCCACCCUCACCCUUACUACCCCUCACCAGCUCAGCCACGGGUCCUGGCGCCAGGCACGCACGGCUGCGCGUUAGUCCAAGCCAGGGUCAGGAGCCUGCUGCGGCAAACAACACUGCUGAAAGAAAGCCGGCAGUCCAGGGAAGCGCUGCAAAGAACACUGCCAUAUACACGGCCCUAGCGCCCUCCCAGUCCCUCAAUGAGAUGGACCUGGGCGCGCAGCGGGAGCGCUGGGAGACGUUCAGGAAGCGGCGGGGCCUCAGCUGCGAGGGCGCCGCCAAGUUCCUGCUGGACACCUUCGAGUACCCAGGCCUGGUGUAUCACACCGGAGGCUGCCACUGCGGCGCGGUCCGCUUCGCCGUCUGGGCCCCCGCAGACCUGCGCGUGGUGGAUUGCAGCUGCAGGCUGUGCAGGAAGAAGCAGCACCGACACUUCCUGGUCCCGGCCUCGCGCUUCACUCUCCUGCUGGGCGCCGAGAGCAUCGUCACCUAUCGAUCCCACGCGCACCCGGCGCUGCACAGCUUCUGCAGCAGGUGCGGGGUGCAGAGUUUCCACGCCUCUGUCUCUGACCCCGGCGUGUAUGGCGUCGCCCCGCACUGCCUGGACAAGGGAACAUUUUCCUAG